AUGAACCCCUCAUCACCAGCCAAGAGACGCGCCCUCGCGCCCCUGGACGCGAACGUCAACGCGAUGUCGCCCAAACGCCAGCUGCACAACAAGACCACGAUGCCCGGCUCGCCUCUCAAGAGCCCAAUCAAGUCUCCCCUGGGCCUGAAGAGGUCCCUCGACACCGUCAUCUUUGACGAGAACAGCGUCGUCCCCAAGAAGAAGCAGUGCCAGGAGCCCGUCAAGGUCGCCGCACCCUCGCCCGCACCCGCACCCGCACUGUCACUCAAGGCGGAGCGUGUGUCUGCUGCAGCAGCUUCUCCCGCACCCGCAGCAACGUCCACGCCGCCUCCUGCACCCGCACAGACCGAGGAGGACAUGCCCAACGCGAAGGAGGCACCGCAGCAAACGACGCAAGAAGAACCCCUCCAUCUCAAGCCCGAGAAGAAGGACGCCAUCACCACCGCCGCGGACGACGAGCAGACGCCCCGCAGGUCCGCGUCCCCCGCCACGUCGUCCGUGUUCGAUAACUCCGCCAUGGACACGUCCCAGAACACCACCAUCCUCACUGAGCCGGACCAGGAGCAGGCGGCCAGGACGACGACGACGACGCUGCCGCCGCCGAGGCCGAGGAGGUUGUUGACGCGCGAGGAGGCGCGACAGAAAGCUCGCAUCUUGAGGCUGAAGCUCGGCCUCGCCAACUACAAGCUCCAGACGGGGCAGGAAGACGUGCCCCUCGACAGGCUGCAGGUCAGGCCGCUGCCCGGGCAGGAGAAGAGGGCGUUGCCGAGGGUCACGGUCCAGCCGCCCUCGAGCCGCGACGGACCCCCUGAGAGCGAGGCCACCAUCGAGGCGGACGACCGCAGGGAGGAGGAGACGCAAGAGGAGGAGGUCGUGGUGACCAAGCCUGAGAAGACUACGCUGCAAACCGUCCCCGAGGAGACUUCGACGGCCGAGGAUUCAGCAAGCCCUGUCUGCGGAGGGGCCGUGAGCAGUCUGCUCAGUCUGGCGAGGGCCUCGUCGUCCGUGUCUGCCUCGUCAUGA